CUACGCAGAGAGAAUGACGUAAAUGCUACGUGAAUCGCAGAGGGAGGAAACACGCUCAUCUCGCGAGGAUAUGUAAAUCUUUUCAGUAUCAACGAGUUCUCGCGAUAAUCAACCCUACAAGAAGUUUGUUUUUAUUUAUUUAUUUUGACAAGGGAGUAAAAUGUGAACACAGUACAGAAUUAUAAGUAAUACCCUUUUUAUUUUAUUGUUUAUGUUUUUUUGUCUUUGCAUUGAAAGGUAAUUAGCAAUCAACUACACAAAACCCAUUAACGUAAUAAGAUUUUUUCCAAACAAAACAUUAAACUGUAAUUUAAUUUGUACAUUGUCUGGUUGCCAGUAAACCAUUUAAGUACACUGCACUAAAAAAAAGGUAUUUAAUAAAUAAACAAGGGAAUAAGUUAGAAUAAUCAAAUCAUAUAAAUGUAUUCGAAAAAAUAAGACAACAUAGUUUUAUACAAUUACAUGAUGUGAACGUAGAUUUUUCAGAUAAGACCUCGUUUGUUGGCAAGCAGCAGUUUAUUUAUUUUAAUAUAAAGUUUAUUUUGAGUUUGUGGUCCUUUUUUUCUACUCAACGUCAUUUCAACGUCAACGUCAACGUACCUGUUGAUGGAAUGCGAACAGCGUCUGUUGUCUCCAUGGCAACCAAGACUCCGUAAUGCUGCUAACUUGGACUUGUUGAAAAUGCAGCGGAGCUUUGCAUUAUCUUGGCUUAUUUGUUAUAGUAAGGAGGGUUUGCUGUUUGCGGGAAUAAAAACCAGCAUCUAUUUCUAAGACUAAGGAUAUUCAAUUAAGCAAAAUGUGUAUUUUUGUAGGCAAAAUAUUCUAAUUUACGACGCAGGUGCAGGCGAUUGACUCGAUAGCUAAACUUCCUCCAGCAAAACUGUCUAACCUUCUUCUUUUCAGUUGGAUUUUUAAAUAUCUGUGUUAAGCAAGCCAAAAUAUAGGCUAAUGUUGUGCCACAAAUGUUUUAAGUUGAGCCCAGUACUCCUGGAAACAAAUGGGGGAUGCUGAAAAUGUCCACAAAAAAUAGACAAGGGGAAAAUCUGCCCCUGAAAUCCAGAGGAAUCCAGACUAGAGAAUCUCAUGAUCUCAGAAGGCUUCAGUCCCUGCUUGCCAAAAUCAGCCCCAGGCAAGAGGUGGCAGCGCUGAGUCACAGUAAAGCACGCAGCGGUGGAGCCAGCAGAUCUCAAGGCCUGUAUCCUCCCAAAGACACCAACAGACUGAGGAGGGAGAAUGACGUCAACAGUGAGGCUGCUGAACUGGAAAAAUUCAGCAUCACGUACAAAGACCAGCGAUGUUUCAGAAGCCACCCUCUGCGUACACUGUUCUCUGACAUCCUCACAUCUUUGGUCAAGAACCGACUCUGCAGUGAGUGGAUUGACCACGCACUGCCUGAGUCUGUCCUCAGAGUUCUGAUGUGCCUGAGAUUAUUGAUCAGAGAUCCUCAGCAUCAGAAAAUCCUCCAUCAGCUGCAAGGCAUCAACUUACUCGCAAGGUAUAUGGAGUCUGUUACUUCCAUGUACAUAUCAUGUGGUGAACAGGCGUUUGCGGAGCAGAAACUGGUCACAAUGACAUACAUGUUUCAGAAGCUGUCUGCUGCUGAAAAUCAAAGAGUCUGCAUCAUCCAGAGCGGCGCUCACAGGACUCUGGUGAAGCUCCUCUCCACAACAGACAGCCGUGUGCUGCUGGGGGCCCUGCUGGCUCUCACCACAUUGUCUGAGAGCCCUGAAUGCAAGGAGGAGAUUGGCCAGCUACCAAUAGUGGAGAACUUGCUCGUGAUACUGCAGGAAUAUGACCUGCUGUCCAAGAGAAUGAGUGCAGAGCUGCUGAGGCUCCUGUCCCCUGUGAGGCAGGUGAGGGACCAGGUGAGGGAGCUGGAGGGUCUGCCUGUUCUGCUGAGUCUGCUGUAUAGUCAACACCUGAAGCUGCUGUGGAGCAUCAGCUGGGUCCUGGUCCAGCUCUGCGAGGAGCCAGACACCAGAGCAGAGAUACGGAGCUGGGGCGGGGUACAGCAUCUUCUGAGACUGCUCAAAAGCGACAGGCAGUUCGUCUCUGACCGCUCGUCCAUCGAGACGCUCUCCAGUGCCAACGCAGCCGGCCGCAUCCAGAGAGAGCACAUCGGAGAGGAGCUGAGCCUGCAGGAGGAGGCCGACAACUCUGUGGCCCUGCAGUCAGCCUGCUGUACUGUUCUGACUGAGCUCUGCCUGGACGACACAUCUGCUCACCACAUUGUGCUGGAAAAUGGAGUCUACAUAAUUGCAAAGUUGAUUUUACCAAACGAUGCAGGAUCCAAGUUCUCAUCUUUACAGUGCUAUGCAUUCCGGACCCUCCGGUUUCUCUUCAGCGUAGAAAGAAACAGACAUUUAUUUAAGAGACUCUUUCCCACAGACCUCUUUGAGAUGUUUAUUGAUGUUGGACAUUAUGUUCGGGACCUCACGGCCUACGAGGGACUGCGAACCAAAGUCUUUCUCUGCACUGAAGAGGAACUGGACAGCCUGAGAGAGAGCAUCGAGGCUGUGGACCAGAACCGUCCUCCCCUUAAAGUCAUCAAUGGUUACUUCAUACUGGACCAUCUGGGCACCGGGGCCUUCGGGAGCGUCUUUAAGGUCCGAAAACAGGGCGGGCAGAACCUGCUGGCUCUGAAAGAAGUGAACCUCCACAACCCGGUGUUCGGCAAAGACAAGAAGUCCAGAGACAGUAACGUGGACAAAAUUAUCUCCGAGCUCACGAUCAUCAAAGAACAGAUGACACACCCAAAUGUUGUCAAAUAUUACAAGACAUUUCUGGAAGGUGAGAAGCUGUACAUCGUGAUGGAGCUGAUCGAGGGAGUGCCGCUGGCUGAACAUUUUAACUCUCUGAAGGAGAAGCAGCAGCAGUUCACAGAAGACAGAAUCUGGAAUAUUUUCAUACAGAUGUGUCUUGCGUUGAGGUAUCUGCACAAAGAAAAGAGGAUAGUCCACCGCGACCUCACACCAAACAACAUCAUGCUGGGGGAAAAGGACAAAAUCACCAUCACUGACUUCGGCCUGGCUAAGCAGAAAGAGGAGAACAGCAAGCUGACGUCGGUGGUCGGCACAAUCCUUUACUCCUGUCCAGAGGUGGUGAAAAAUGAGCCGUAUGGAGAGAAGGCUGACGUCUGGGCUUUGGGCUGCAUCCUGUACCAGAUGGCCGCUUUACAGCCUCCGUUCUACAGCAGCAACAUGCUGUCACUGGCCAACAAGAUUGUUGAGGCCCAAUAUGAGCCUGUUGAGGAGGGAGCGUACUCAGAGAGAGUCACAGACAUGAUCAGAUGGUGUUUGAGUCCAGAUGCAGAGCAGCGUCCCGACAUCCAGGCCGUCAGCUCCAGGAUCUCUGACCUCAUGAUGAGGCUCAUGGACGGACUCUACACUUCCCAGAAUGCACUGGAAAGGAGAGCGGAGAGAGACAGGAAACGAGCGCAGAAGUACUUUCUGGAAAAGCAAAGAAGCAGGACGAGCUGCUGUCAGUCGUACAUGUGUCAGGAACAGUCCCUCAUAAAUAAUGACACUCCGACUCCUCGCUCUUCAGCAGCCUGCAGCUCAAAUCACAGCGAGCAAAAUAUCGGAGUGAAGUCGAGGGACAGUGUGACACCUGACCAAACUGAGCCCAUUGGGGAUUAUGUAAUGACAAAUGAUAAACCAAGACCAGUGUCUGCAGGGAUCUGUGUGUCUCAGAAAAAGCUCCGUCAGAUCGAUGAUCCCAUUCAGAGACUGCUCGUGCAGCUGCACAAAAUCAUCUUCAUCACUCAGCUUCCACCAUCUCCGCAGCAUGACAUCAAGCGGCGGGUCGUUGAAAGAUUUAAAAAGUCGCUCUUUCAAUGUGGGAGCGAUCCAUACAACCUGAAGGCGGAGCUAAGCCAGCUCCUGCAGGCUUCUCCAGAGCUGAUGGAGUUAACCUCCACCGGUUCAGACUGGUGGCCUCUGGUCCAACACUUCACAGGAGACCCACAUUAUACUGACAACACAAGAGACGUGAAUCUCAAAGAUGGAGUCACCUAUCAGCAGAUGCAGGCGAUCAUUGAGGAGCUGCUGGAGGAGAGCAGAUACUUCGAGAAAAUACACAGCAGGCUCCCAGAGAGAAGAAAUGACCAAGGAAACAAAUGACUCUGAUCAUCAUCUAUCCUCAGACGUUAGUUUAACCUGCAGCUGGAAACAAACACAAACAUGUUCCAGCGUGUUGACAUUUUCAUCAAUCUGUGUUAAAGGAAGAAUAUUUAUUUGGGG